AUGCUGAGAAGCAUUCGGUCGCGACGGCCCCACCGAACCCGUUACGGUGUUUACAUCUGCGCCGUCAUCUCUGCCCUCCUCCUCCUCCUCUCCGUCUCUCUCCUCUACACUCGCCUCUCCCACUCCGAAUCUCACCACUUCCACUACCGCCACCAGAACCCCAAUGCUCAAUACGGCGACGUUUCUCUCACCAACCCCCUCAUCUCUGACGAGCUGAACGACGGCGUUUCCAUCGCCACUGAGGACAAGAUCGACGAGCUCGAUGACGUCGUAGAAGAGACACCUAAAGACGAGGAAGUGGAGGACGAGGAGGAUCCGCAAUCCGACAUUUCUCAGUCGAAGGUUUCUGGGUAUGUAUUUGAUCAUGUAACUGGGGUUAUUAGGAGGGGUUUCAAUAAGCGUAAAAUUGAGGAUUGGGACGAGGAUUACAAUGGGUUUACUGCGGGACUGGGUGCACUGGAUAAGAGUAAGGUCGCGUUUGGAUCUGAUGAUGUGCCUGUGGAUAUGGAGGUGCGGAGGAGGAUGAGUGAGGUUGCGAGCAUUGAGGACGCGCUUUUGUUGAAGGUGGGAAGGAAGGUUUCGCCGUUGAGAGAAGGCUGGGGAGAGUGGUUUGAUAAAAAAGGCGACUUUUUGAGGAGGGAUAGGAUGUUUAAGUCCAAUCUGGAGAUGUUGAACCCUUUGCACAAUCCAAUGCUGCAAGACCCUGAUGCGGUUGGCGUUACUGGGUUGACUAGGGGUGAUAAGGUGUUGCAGAAAUGGUGGUUGAAUCACUUUAAGAAGGUCCCAUUUACCGGGAAGAAGCAGUUGGGAAUUUCAGGGAGGGCCCGAGUUUAUGAAAAUGGCGGUGAGGGUGGGAAAAAGGGGAGUAGUAGUGGAGAUGGUGUUGUGAAUGUAAGUGGAAUAGGUGUAGGAACAGAGCUUGAUGAAAAUGAGAAUGAUAGGAAGGCCGGUAAGGAUUUGAAUUCUGGUGCAAAUGGAAAAUCUAACACAGAUAGAAAUUUAUCCUAUAUGAGUAAUGCGACUGAUAAGGAGAUUGGGAACACUGUUGAACAAAUUAGUGAUUCUGAUCAAGUGGGUGGCUUCAAGGAUGAGUUUUCAGGUGUUAUAUAUGCAGAUGGCAAGAGAUGGGGUUACUAUCCCGGUUUGAGACCCUUUUUAUCAUUCUCGGAUUUUGUAGAUACAUUUUUCAGGAAGGGGAAAUGUAAUAUGAGGGUGUUUAUGGUGUGGAAUUCUCCGCCUUGGAUGUAUAGUGUUCGACAGCAGCGGGGACUUGAGAGUUUACUCUCCCAUCAUCGAGAUGCCUGUGUUCUAGUGUUGUCUGAGACGAUUGAGCUUGAUUUCUUUAAAGAUAACUUUGUAAAGGACGGUUACAAAGUUGCUGUUGCAAUGCCAAACCUUGAUGAAUUACUAAAGGAUACUCCGACCCACGUAUUUGCUUCUGCCUGGUUUGAAUGGAGAAAGACAAAGUAUUAUGCUACUCAUUACAGUGAGCUUGUCCGCCUUGCUGCUCUCUACAAAUAUGGCGGAAUAUAUCUUGAUUCUGAUAUCAUAGUCCUGAAGCCAUUAUCUUCACUUCGCAAUUCUGUUGGUAAAGAGGAUCAACUUGCUGCAAGUUCUUUGAAUGGUGCUGUUAUGGCAUUUGAGAGGAACAGUCCCUUCAUAAUGGAGUGCUUGAAAGAGUUUUAUAUGACAUAUGAUGAUACUCGUUUGAGAUGGAAUGGGGCUGAUCUGUUGUCAAGAGUUGCAAGAAGGUUUUUGGGCGUUCGUAAUAAAUCAGUUAGACAGCUGCAGUUGAAAGUGCAAUCUUCUUUCAUCUUUUUCCCAAUUACUCCUCAGAAUAUCUCAAGAUAUUUCACUGCACCGACAACAGAGACUGAAAAAGCUGAACAAGAUGCUCUGUUCAGAAAGAUUCUAAAUGAAUCGUUGACAUUCCAUUUUUGGAACAGCUUGACAUCUUCUCUCAUUCCAGAGCCAGAGAGCCUUGCUACCAGGCUUAUUGACCAUCCUUGUAUCCGAUGCACUGAUGUUUUAUGA